AUGUGUACCAACAGUGGACGGGAAUGCCAAGGGUAUACGGUAACCUUGGACAGAAGGACCCGUGAAGCUCGAGAUGCACGAGCCUCAAACAGGCGCAAUGCUGUCCUCAUUGAACAUUCGCACCAGCAACUCGCGCCGCGUUUGACUGACGGAGGUCAAGUUGACUUGUCACCGAUGGAGCGCGAUUAUCUGCACUUAUUUCGCUCUCGAACUGCCACGCAAUGCGCUGGAUAUGGGUUCGACCAAUUUUGGCAGAUCCUCGUUCAUCAAGCUGGUGAAUCUUACCCGGUGGUCCGCCACGGGAUUAUUGCGAUUAGUGCCUUGCACCAGCAAUUCGUGAAUCCUGCCUCUCAUCAAAAUGACACGUUCGCCAUUCGACAAUGCAAUAAAGCUAUCGCUCAACUCCGGACUGGCAUCAUGACCAAUGCACAUCCAGACUCAGCGCACAUGGAAAGAAUAUUAAUCGCUUGUGUCGUUCUCAUUGCUUUUGGACUUUUUCAAGGCGACAUUGAAGCAGUUCGCUCCCAUCUCCGAUCUGGCACUAAGAUGCUGUAUGAAUGGAGGAAAAGGGAGGGCAAAAAAAGCGUGUUCGCUUCAGUUCUAUUGCAUACUUUUGUACAACUCCACAUUCAUUGGGCAACGGCGACAGCUUUCAAAGACCACAUUCGGGGAGAAUAUCCCUAUCUUGGCGAGCUCAUGUCUGAAAACCUGUCGGAUAUAUCUGCCCAUGCAGAAAAAGAUGAGCGCGCCAGAACAACGCUCCUCCUGUCCGUCCGAGCCUGGAUGGUAAUGAUUACCGAUCACACCCAGUCCAAGGGGCACACUACUAGUCUUGAUGAAAUGGAGGAUUUCUUGUUAGAUGCUCCAUCUAAGAGACACAAUCGCUUCCAGCUGCAACUAGAACACUGUGCCGCGAUUGAUAAACACACGGCUUCUCUUGGCGAGAAGCGAGCUGUAUUGAUGGUGAAAUUAAACAAAAAAACCUUCCAAAUCUUGGAUGCUUCGACGAAGUUCUCAGGAGGCGAAACAGAAUGGGACACUCUUCUUCCACAGUUCGAAGAAUUGGUCGACACAAUUGAAACCAUGUUGACAUCUUUCGAGCAACUGCCUGAUAUGUCAUUUUCCGUGAAAGAAGGCUUCAUCGGGUCUCUGAUGCUGUGCGGAUUUAAAUGUCGCAACUGGCCUCUGCGGCAAAGAGUGAUCAGUCUCUUCCAAAAAUAUAAACGACGAGAGGGUGUUUCUUCCACUGCUGAAAGCCUUGCCAUAUUGAAGCGAGUAUAUGCGCUCGAGUCGGCUGGGAGCUGGCUCAAAGGCGUAAUCCCGGAAUCCCAUCGCAUCACCAUGGUGAUGGUAGAACAGCAUGCGAACUUUUCCCACCCAAAUCCCCAGGUUCAUCUAAAGUACCAGGAUGUCAAGCGGGAAUGGCAAAGCGAAUGGUUGCCACUUUGA